CCUUGGUGCAGUCUACAAUGCUGGCUACUUUAAGAUGUCGACCUGGAUACCAUUCAUAUGGUCAUUGAUCAGCGGCUUGAUAUUGAUCUUGUCAUCGUUCUCUAUUGAAGGUGGCCUUUGAGGAAACGCUACCUUAGCUAUGUUUCCAUUCGACAGUCAGACAUGUUAUUUCCUGUCUGCCGCCGCUACAAUUACUUGUUCACCACCUUCCUCUGCCAAUUUUGGAUCUGGGGCCUUGCACUCGACUUUCCUGAUGAUCCUAGCAGGAUUCCCCGCUACGACAUGGAAUUCUGGAACAUCCUUCGUGACCACACUUCCGGCACCCACAGUACAACCUCUACCUAUCGUAACGCCAGGGCAAAUGGUCACAUUACCACCGAGCCAGCAAUCCUCCCCAAUAGUGAUAGGUUUCCCCAACUCAGGACCCUGAAUACCAUUCCGGAGGAAAGGAUCCAAAGGAUGAGUGGCGGAGAAGAAAGAGCAAUUGGGACCAAGGAGAGUCCGUGCUCCUAUCGUUAUCAAACAAGUGUCCAGGAAAGUGCAAUUGAAGUUGAUAUAAACUCCUUUGCCAAGUCUAGAAACCAUGAGCAAAAGUGGGAUGGCAUUGUCAUUCUGGACAAAAACCUCAAGUUGGUCCCGUAAUCAACUUUGACCGGACCGUCAACGUAGGGGAAAUCUUGAAGGAGUACAGCCUCUUCUUCGUCCGACUUUCCUGGAGCUGGCAGAGGGGUUUUAUCAUCGACGAUGCUGUCCCAAGUCAGAGUAGCCUAGAUUGAUAUACCCAAGUCGUGCUAGAAUCUUCCAAAAACGGAAUAUCUGUCGAAAGGGGGAAAUUAGAACUUACUCUUGCCAUAACUUUACCAGCUCCCUCCGUGACCCUUCUCCUGCUUGGUUGAAUCUAUAGCAAGCAUGAUGACACCUGUUUCGCUUGGCUGUCAAACGAGGUAGGAAAGCAUGAUAUAAUUCUCCUCGGAGCAUACGCUCUUCAUUCUCUGCCUCGUCAAUGUUGGCCAUAUUUUAGAUGAUGAUUAGAAUUUGAAGAAGUAGACAAAUUAUGGACAAGUACCAUCGAAUUGUUGGCGGUGACCUAUUUGG